ACUCUUCUACAGUCGAAGUUGGCUGCAAAGAGACUCCAGUGGAUUCAAUUUUCAAACCAAAAAACGGUAAAUAAAAUCCGCCAAAAAUUGAAAUGGUAUUACAGAGAUAUUGAAUCUUAGACCCGCAAUACCAAUCAUUAGACCCGCAAUACCAAUCAAAAUCAUUUAUUCAGGUUCUUUCGUUUUUUUCUUUCUUUUCAUACCCUAGAAAUACAAGAAAAAUCCCCAAAUCAGGACACCUGAUUCUCAUGGCUCAAAGUAACUCCUAUGAAGAAGCACGGAAACUACGAUUAGAAGAUAAUAAGAGAAAAUUUCAGGAAUUGGGUGUUUUUAAAGAUGGCCAACAGUCUAUCAAAUGUCAUCAGAAAGAAAAACAAUACUGCGGUAAAAAAUCAAGUGAAAUCAAAGAGAACUCCUGUAAACCCUGAUUUUGUGAGACGCUCUUCACGACCUCGGGAGCAAGUUACUUACACCGAAAAUCUUGGGCUCAAAAAUUGCAAAACAAGCUACAUAGCAACAAGAGUUGUGACUUAUGCGGAACGAUCCGAUGCACUGAACCGUGCCAUGAGCUUUCAAAGUGGUUUACUGUCUGGAAAUCCAUCUUUUGUUAAAUCAGUGUUGCAUUCACACGUGUCUGUGCUGUUUGUACCAGUGGAAAUUCGCAACAAUCACCUUCCCAGGGAAGCAGAAGUACGGAUUGUGUUUGAAGAUGAAGACGGUUCAGUGUAUGAAGCAAAAUACAAUGGAGUAUAUGGACUACUCACUACUGGAUGGAAAACAUUUUUCAUGGAUCAUAAAUUGGAUAAUGGAGAUGCCCUGGUAAUUGAGAUUAUUGAGCCAACAAGAGUUAAAGUACAUAUAUUUAAAGUGCCCAACGACGUCAGUGAAGUGAAAGUUGAUGAGCUAAAGAACACUGAAGAAAGUAACUCUAUCAAGACAGUGGAUGUGAACAAAUUGCCAAGGCUACAAGGAGACGAAGUCCGUAACCCAAAUAAAGUUGAACACUGUGAUACAAGAAUCACAAUGCUGAAGAAUUAACACUAGAUCCUUGCUCAAUCCAGAGCUGAAUUUUCUGCGGAUGAACUCAGACCUAACAAAAUCUAAACUGAUUGGAAAAAAAUCUUUUCGUAGAAGGUAACCUUAACUAUCGAAGUGUUGACAACAAGAUCCUUUUGAUUAUAAAAAACAGUUCUACUAUGUAUAUGAUAAUUGAUUGAGCUAGAAAAAUUCCUUCUACUUGCUAAAUGCUAAAAUUUUGUGCAGUAUUUUUGUGUCUAAUUACAAUGAUUCUGAAAUUUAAUCGAGUGCAUCUGAUGUUAAGGAAUACGUGG